AUGUCUACUUCUGGUUCUCCUGUUUGUCUCCCGACUCCGUUGCGAGCUGGGCAAUCCGAGCUGGAGGUUUUGGCAAUUGUAUUACUUGAAACGCCAGUUUACUGCCUAUUCGGUACCAUGUCGACUCUAGCCCGGAGCGGAGCAAUGGAAGGGGGGAGAGACUGGGGAACAUGCAGAUCUCCCGGCAAACAAAUUAGAUACGCCUUCGUAGAAUACGUGAUUUUCUCCAUUUCUCCUCACUUUGGGCUCACUGUCUGGUGCAGUUUUUCCCUUCAUUGCAAAUAA